UUCCUCUCAGCGCCGCCUCGGCCCGGACGCUCCGCAGCAGGAGCGGCGUCUCCUACCCGGCCCGGCCCGCGCCGCGAGACCCCUGCGGGCGCUGCGAGCCCGCCGCCCGGCUGCCCGCAUGGACGCGGCGCUGAAGCGGGGCCGCUCGGAAGAGCCAGCCGAGCUCCUGCCGCCGGCGCGGGACUCGGAGGAGGAGGAGGGCGAGGAGGAGGAGGAGAGGAUGGAGCAGGCGCUGGAGGAGGAGGAAGAGGUGGACCCCCGAAUACAGGGUGAACUGGAGAAGUUAAAUCAAUCCACUGAUGACAUCAACCGCCGGGAGACUGAGCUUGAGGAUGCUCGUCAGAAGUUCCGUUCUGUUCUGGUUGAGGCGACGGUGAAGCUGGAUGAACUGGUGAAGAAAAUCGGCAAAGCUGUGGAAGACUCAAAACCUUACUGGGAGGCGCGGAGGGUGGCCAGACAGGCCCAGCUAGAAGCUCAGAAAGCCACGCAGGACUUCCAGAGGGCCACCGAGGUGCUCCGCGCUGCCAAGGAGACCAUCUCUCUGGCCGAGCAGAGGCUGCUGGAGGACGACAAGCGGCAGUUCGACUCAGCCUGGCAGGAGAUGCUGAACCAUGCCACGCAGAGGGUCAUGGAGGCGGAGCAGACCAAGACGAGGAGUGAACUGGUGCACAAGGAGACAGCGGCCAGGUACAACGCGGCCAUUGGCCGCAUGCGGCAGCUGGAGAAGAAACUCAAGAGAGCCAUCAACAAGUCCAAACCUUAUUUUGAACUCAAGGGAAAGUACUACGUGCAGCUUGAGCAACUGAAGAAGACCGUAGAUGACCUACAGGCCAAACUGACCCUGGCGAAAGGCGAGUAUAAGACGGCCCUGAAGAACCUGGAGCGGAUCUCAGAUGAGAUCCACGAGCGGCGGCGCUCCAGCGCCAUGGGGCCUCGGGGCUGUGGCGUGGGCGCGGAGGGCAGCAGUACCUCUGCGGAGGACCUGUCAGGAGGCAAAGCUGAGCUGGACACGGUUUCUGUGGCCUCGGAGGCUUUUGAAGAUGACAACUGUAGCAACUUCGUGUCUGAAGAUGACUCAGAAACUCAGUCUGUGUCCAGCUUCAGUUCGGGACCAACAAGCCCAUCUGAGGUGCCAGAGCAGUUUCCCGCAGUCACAAGGCCCGGCAGCCUGGACCUGCCCAGUCCGAUGUCCCUGUCAGAGUUUGGGAUGAUGUUCCCGGUGUUGGGCCCUCGGAGUGAGUGCAGCGGAGCCUCCUCCCCAGAAUGUGAGGGAGAACGAGGAGACAGGGCAGAAGGGGCAGAGAAUAAAACAAGUGACAAAGCCAACAACAACAGAGGUCUCAGCAACAGUGGUGGUGUCAGGGGUAAGAGCCAGAACAGCACCUCCCCCGAGGGCCAGGUCUUGGAGGCCCGGAUGAAGCAGCUCUCCCUCCAGUGUUCGAAGGGAAGAGAAGGGAUUCUUGCCAACAUAAAAAUGGUGCAGACUGGCUGAUCCAUUGAGCUGUGGCCCAUGUGCAACAGAAUAAUACGUGAAACUGGAGAACAUUGUGCCAAUAAUCGUUUAACAUAUGCCAAAUCUUACGCAUUUACUCAACUGCACUAAUGAAGUUUCAGUGACCUUGAAAGCCGAAAAGUUUACUUCUGGUAAGAGCUCUUGGGCUGGUUUGUUUUUCAGAGCAGAGUUACCAUAGGUGGAGGUCACAGCCUUUGUGGAACAUUCCCUGUCAGAGGGUUGUGGAAGCAAUAACUAGUUCCUGUGAAAGAACCCAAGCGAGGAACUGGGCUGGAAGCUUAGCUAAACUGAAGGCCAUAACGGGAAUCUCUCCCUUCUCUGGCCCUCAGUUUGGGGAAACUGAGAUGUUCUCUCCAUUGUAUCCCAGGGCAUUUAAACAGUU